GGAGUGAGUGUUUCUCUGUCACCACGGCUGGAGUAGAGCUAGAUGUGUCCGCAGAUUCAUCAUAGAAAUACUUGACAGAAUUGAUCUUUGGUCAAGAUGGGCGAUCCCUGGGUUUAUUUUAGGAACUAAUGUGAUCAUGCAAUCCUGCUUUAACAAGGACUGAACAGGUAGGCAGGCAGGGUUCAAAUCUUUUCUGACGUUAAUCAGUAAACUGGCUGUUCUUGAUACACAUUCUGUACAAUGAAUCCAAGAAUAUUGUAUUAGUUUCAUAAUGUGAUUUCAGAUCAAAGCCUUUGAACACACAGAGGACAAAGAGCUGAAUGUGCUGUGAUUCACGUCUGACGAGCCUUAUACAAAGUACAUCGUGUUUUUCAAAUGAAAAAAUACAUUAAAUAAAUAAUAUAUUACAGGUUUUACAGAAUUUUUGUCUUACCUUAAAUUCUCAAAAUAUACAGAGAAAAUAUGAAGACAAAUGUAUUACAUGUUUCUUAUAGGUAAAAUAAAAUAAAAAAUUGUUUAAAAGUACACUCUUAAAAAUAAAGCUGCUUCACGAUGCCAUAGAAGAACCUUUUUGUCUAACCUUUCUGUUUCACUAAAGCUUCUUUGUGGAGAAAGAAGGUUCUUAAGAUUAUAAAAAGAUAAGAAAGAGAUGGUUCUUUGACUGAAUGGUUCUCUUUGGAACCAAAAAUGGUUCUUCUAUGGCAUCACUGUGAAGAACCUUUUAAAAACCUUAAAUUUUUUAGAGUGUAUAGUAUUGCUCAUUUUUAUUUAGUUUAACUUGAUGUACUACAAUAACUAAAAUUGAACUAAAUUUAAAUUUUAAAUUAAUAAAAAAAUGUACAGACAUAAAAAAAACAAUAAGAAUGAUAAAAGUGCAAUAAAAUUACUAAUAAAAUGAACAUGGCAAUAAUGAAAAUAUUAAUAUAAACUAAAAUAUUAUCUUAAUUUGAUAAGUUUUGUCCACUAAAUUAGAAAUGUUCUACAUCACUGAUUUCACUUCAUACAGUAAACGCUGGGUUUAUAAGUUGAGCUGAAAUGUUUAUUUAGAGAUUAAGGCAGAAGUUGAAUCUUUGAAACAGAGGUUGUUCUUGUAAACAUUUGCAAACUGCUGUUUGGUGUGUCAUCAGAGAGUAUAAGACACUGUUUUUGUACAAAUACUGACUGAGCAUCCACCAGACUAGUUCCUAUAAAGACACUGUUUACACAACAGUGCAUUAUGAUACUCUCACAACUUAGCAGGACAGGUCAAGAAAGUGUCUCUCUUUACAAAAGCAAAAUAUGUCCUGUAAAAUCAUUAUUAUAAAACAACACAGCAGACGGGUAAUAAGUCUUAAUUAAAUGCACCACAGAUGGCCUUCUUUCACACACACACGUGUGUCUGAGCAGUCUAUUGUCAGUCACAUAAAAAUUGUAUUUUUCAUGGAAAUGCUAAUGUUUUCACAUUGGACUGAAACUUACUUUGCAUACACAUAACUAUGGUCAUUAGUUCUCCACUGGUAACAAUGGAAAAAUUCAAAACCUGUGCUAAAAAGUUGACAAAAACAAUGAGUCCCAGAUUUGAUGACAAUACUGCAUUAUGAAAGAUUUAUAAAUAUAUAUAUAAAAAAGCUGCUGGUCAUUUUUUUGACCAGAAACACUAAAUAAGCAUGAGUCUAGCACGAGUUUUGAUUGACUAUAAUAUCAGCUUUUCUUCAACGCUCCUAGUUUUAGUUAGUACGUUUCACCACUUCCAUAGUUUUAUCAUCUGUUUUCAUCUGUGUCUUUCAGGACAAACUGACUGAUAGCUGAGUGACCCUCUCUUAUAAAAUGCCUGCUAACUUGAUCCAGGAGCGUUUGGAAGGGUGGAUCAAAUGGGGAAUCGACUGAUACAAAAGCUGUUUUUGGGGAUGUUUGUGAUUUGCAUGAUGGGUUUCUACUGUUUGAAGACAUCAACCCUCCUCGCUACACACAGUGUUUCUCUGGCUCCUUGUGCAUCAAAAGUGCGUAACAAUUCUCAGCGAACUCUCAAAGCAGAUGUGACUUGCAGUCCUAAAGUCAACUUGAUGUUCAUGAAGACCCACAAGACGGCGAGCAGCACUUUGAUGAACGUUCUCCUGCGCUUCGGAGAAAAGCACCAGCUGAGGUUCGCUCUCCCCGACGGCCGAAACGACUUCUUCUACCCGUCCAGCUUCUUCCGAACCCAAGUGAAGAGUUACCAGCCCGGUCUGUGCUAUAACAUCGUGUGCAACCACAUGCGAUUCAAUGCACCCGAAGUGGAGAAGCUGCUCCCGGAGGAUGCCUUCUUCUUCACCAUCCUACGAGAUCCCGCAGAGCUCUUUGAGUCUUCGUUUCACUACUACAAAGCCUACGUGCCUCAAACGUGGAGAAUCCCUGGAGGAAACCAGUUUGAGGAGUUCCUCGUUGAUCCAAACCGCUACUACAACCCACAGGGAAUCAACGCUUUCUACCUCAAGAAUCUUCAGUUUUUCGACUUCGGCUUCGAGAAUAACUUGGAAGCUGAUGACGUGAGAGUCCAAGAAAGCAUCGAGUACAUGGAAAAGCGCUUUCAGUUGGUUUUAAUCUCGGACCACUUUGAGGAGUCGCUCAUUCUGCUGAAAGACGCUCUGUGCUGGCAGAUGGACGACUUGCUGUUUUUUAAACUCAAUGUUAGAAAUGCCACUUCUGUGUCUCCCAUGAGCCCUGAACUGAGGACUCGAGCUCGGGAAUGGAAUGGUGCCGACUGGCGACUUUAUCAACAUUUUAACACCACUUUCUGGGCGCUCGUGGAGGCCUACGGCCGGAGCCGAAUGGAGGAGGAAGUUAAGGAGUUGCGUAGGAGAAACGCAGAGAUGGAGGCCAUCUGUAUUGAUGGCGGAGGAGCCGUGGAGGCGGCGGAAAUCACGGACAGACACAUGAAGCCCUGGCAGCCCAUCGGAAAAGCUUCCAUACUAGGAUACAACCUAAAGAGCGACAUCAAGCGACAGUAUGAGGAGCUCUGCAGGAAGAUGCUGACCCCUGAGAUCCAGUAUCUGACUGAUUUAGGAGUCAAUCUGUGGGUCACUAGGUUAUGGGGCUGGUUUAAGGAUAGUGUUGUUCAGUUUGGGUUGAGUUAGUGUAAUUGCUACAUUAACAACUUACAUUAAUACACUCUUUUUAUCACGUUUCCAGGGUUGCUAGAUCACCAACAGUGUAAAAAUAACCCAAUUCCAUGGUAAAACCAAAGACAUGGCAACCCUGCAUAUAUCAAGACUUCUGAAAAUGAGCAUUAACUGGGAAUUACAUGGUAAUUCAGUUUUCAUCUCCAAAAACCAUUUUACAGUUUUACCUUAAAUUUACAGUUAAAUACAGUGAUUUUAUUGGCUGAUAUAAUGGUAAUAUACCAAUCUACUGAAGCACUGAAAUCUGUUUUGAUUUUUUGUAAUGCACUGAUAACCACCAAAAGCAGGUGCUAAAGAAACAAAACCUAUCACAAGCAGCUUUUAAAUAUUAACAUAUAUUAGAGUAAUUCACACAAACACUAAACACGUUCACGGUAACACACGCGAAACUGAAAUAAUGCAAUAAACAUUCAUUUAACAACAUUAGAUGUAACAUAUAACCCUAAUGUACGCAACUGAUGAGAAAAAAAAGGAUGUAACAUAGGUAUUUAUAUAUAAAAAUAAAAAAAAUUAUCGAAUUCGAAAUGUAAUGCAAGUUAUUCUGGGAGUGGCAAUUUACGGUUAUUCACUGUAAAUCAUACAUUAUUUUUCCACUUCCAAAAAUGGUAUACUACCGUAAAAUUACAUGUAAUGUCCAGUACAGUUUUUCUCCAUAUAUAGUAGGGGAAGUUACCGUUAAUCUUUCAACAGGUAGCAUUUUUACAGUCUUUUACCGUUAAAUUCCAACCAUUUUUUACAGUGUAUAGUUACAUAAAUAAGAAUUUAAUUAAAUAGUAGAAAAAAAAAAUAUGUAAAAAUAGUAAAACAUUUUAAAUAAAUACUCUAAGUAAAUAAAUUCUAAAUAAAUAAAUAAAUAAAUACACAUUAUAACAGUACUACAGUGCUAUAAUGAAUUAAAAAAAAAAACUUCACAGAAGCUAAAUAUUUUUGACAUUUAUAACAAUAGCUUUUGACAGUAUUAACUGAAUAUUUACUUAAGAAAUUAUACAGAUUCUUUUAAGUAUAUGGUCCAUCACAGAAGGUUGAUUUGGGGGUCUAUAACAAUCUAAAAGAUUGUAAAACCCUGGAAUAAUUGAACCAAAUAGUGCCCUUGAACCCCUGAGCCUAAAUAAGCUUUAACUUAUUUAUUCAGCUUUCAAAUCUCUAUUUCAAAAAACUGACCCUUAUGACUGGUUUUGUGAUGCAGUGUUUAUUGUCCAGAGAUGGAAGAGAGACUAUACUGUAACUGCAAGGAGAGAGUUAAAGGGGUCAUCUGAUGCUUUUUUAAAGAUCAGUAUUUGGUGUAUUUGGUGUAACAGAAUAUGUUGACAUGUUUUAAUGUAAAAAAAGAAAGAAAGUGUACAUUAUUGUAGGUCCUCUAUGCCCCGCCUCUCUCAAACACGUCGUUUUCUACAAAGGCUGUCCUUCUGACAAGAGCAGUCUGCUCUGAUUGGCCAACUGACCCAGUGCAUUGUCAUUGGCCAAACACUGCAAUGUAACGCCUCUUUCCAUAAUUGUGAGUUUCAUCUUUCAAAGUAAAUGUAAAGAAAGUUAAAAAUGUCCUUAGUUUUACCAUCAGUUCAAGACUGAAAGUGGAACAGAGUCGCAUGACAGACAGUGAUGAAGUUCGUAUGUGUUUACAGUACACAAGCCAUGGACGGACACAUGACUCAACUGUGUGACCCUCACACACACACACACACACACCUGUGACACGCAAAACUCAGCUUUGGAUCAUUCAAUAGCAAAUACUUCAACUACACUAGCUGAUUCAGAAGCACCAGAUUGUCGUAGCAAAGUCAGAAUGACCUCCUCUCCUAGGUUCACGAAAUGAUUGUCCAUAAAAUGCGUAGCUGUUCUGUUGUAAAUAAUCUUAAAGAUCCCUAAUUGCAUCUAUUUUCGGAAAAACAAAUAAAGUGCUUUUGUUUUCUCCUCGAUACACACACAUCUCCCUGACAUGACUGCUUCAACACUAACUGUGUUACUGAAACCACUGCGUAUUUCUUUGCAUGAAUAUUUAGGCGGCAUUACACAAAUAUUUCCACAUAGUGAUGUAGAGAUGUGGGGGCGUGUUUAAACGACGUGUUAAAGUGGGCGUGGAAGAGUCUUAACUUUGAUAAAGAAUAUCUCUUUGGGUAUGAGACUUUAGUCUUAGCAACUUUACAGAUUUUCUUCAUGCACCCAGAGCUUGUCCAAAGAGACUCCAGAGAGAAAGGAAACAUUUAAAUUGCAUCAUAUGACCGCUUUAAUAAUGCUUGUCACAUCACAUUCGAUUAGAUUAGAUUCAACUUUAUUGUCACUGCACAUGUAAGGUACAAGGCAACUAAAUGCACUUAGCAUCUAACCAGAAGUGUAAUAAGCAGUAAGUAAAGGACAUACAGUGGUUAAAAUAUGUUACAAUAUUCUAGUGUGCAGAUGGAUUAUUCAGUAUUCUGUCAGACAAUAGUGCAAGUAAUAACAAGUGUAACUGUUUUUUGUUGUUGCUGUAAGUGGUGUGUGUGUGUGUAGGGGGUACAUCUAAAUAAACCAAAGACUUUGGUUUGCGCCUCCAAACAUGAGAGUGGGAAAAGAAAAAGGAACAUUUAAUUUCUAUUGACUAAAUGCAUUAGAGAAGUGUCAUUAUUUCAUUAUAUUAAAAUGUGAUUGCUUCCUAGUAUAGCGCAGUUUUAUAUUAUUACUGCACAGUGUUUUAGGUUUUACUGCACAGUUUUUUGUACUAGCCUACUUGAUUGCAGUAGUAAUGUGUGCUUAUUUAAUCCAGGUACAUAAGUGCUUUAUUAGAAGCCUUGAGUAAGUAUUAGGAAGUUAUUUCAUUUACCUUUAAUUUCAUCUGUGUGUAGGCUACCUAUUUGCUUUCAGUCUAAUCUGUGUACUAUGAUAAUAAACUGCUGAAAAAAAUUAAA